GUUGAUAAAGUAUGUGGACAGCCCAAACAACAAGAAGGGAACCUCUCAUCAGACAAUAUAGUGCCAGUGAAGGAAGCGACUGAAACCCAGACAUUCGUGAUGGCUCACGCUAGUCUGAACAAUAAAAGAAGUUCUCUGCCUCUGAAAGCUUCAAAGAAUGACAAAUCAAGAAGUUUGAAAAAAAUCUCUCGAGAGUUCAUCAAUUACAUGAAGCGAUCCCGAACCUUUUAUGCCUCCAUAGCAGAAAGGCUGUGUGAUGGAGACCUGGUGAUGAGGGACAGCUCAACCUGUUGGAAUGGAGAAGAUGUUGUAGAAAGUUAUACCAGCAGAGUUGUUUCCAAUGGACUGAAAGCACAAAUUAAUAACCCAGAACUGAAAGUCAGAGGAUUGGACCCACUCAUCAGCAAUUUAAUUGAUAAACUUCAGCACUUUAAUCAACUGGAUGCUGAGAAGGCAAAAUUAAAACUGGAAAGAUGGGCUUCCCGAGAUGCUGGCAGUGGGGGUGGCAGAAGUGAAGAGAUGGAGUCGAGCGGGGACUGUGAUGAUGAGGAUGGCUGUCAAGGAUCCGGUGACAGGAUUCACACAGCAG